CUCACUCCUCUCGCAGUCAUCUUUGUGGUGAAAAUUAUCCGGCGAACCGAUAAGACUGAAAUUAAAGAGGCUUUUCUAGACCGCGUCCUGAUUUCUUUUACCGCUGCUUCCCCGAUGGAGUGAUGAACUCUGAGAUGCACUGCACGGGGGAUCCUGAUCUGGUGUCCGAAGGGCGGAAGAGCUUCCCGAGCAUUCACUCUUCCUUUGCCUUUUCAGGUCUUGGCUUUACAACCUUCUACUUAGCCGGGAAGUUACAUUGCUUCACAGAAAAUGGGCGAGGGAGGAGCUGGCGUCUCUGUGCAGCAAUUCUGCCCCUGUACUGUGCCAUGAUGAUUGCCCUGUCACGCAUGUGUGAUUACAAGCAUCAUUGGCAAGAUUCUUUUGUGGGAGGAGUAAUUGGCCUCAUCUUUGCUUACAUUUGCUAUAGGCAACACUACCCUCCUCUGGCUAACCUAGCGUGUCACAAACCUUACGUGAGUCUCCGACUUCAGACGCCCCUGAAGAAAGAUGAGGGGUCUGCAGUGGACAGCAGCCCGGGGCUGCCUCUCGAGGGGAUGAGCGAAGGACCUAUAUGACCCACCCACAAGCCGAGAGAACUCUAGCCCACCGGGUUUCCCCCUCCGUCCUGGUGUCUUCACUUGGGAGCGAACAUUCCCUGUAGUUUGGGUGGCUUUGGUGCUUUUUCAGCCCUCUUCUUGGACUCUGUUCUCUACUUGCUUCAGUUUUACAUCGGGAUCCAUACCGUGCUGUUGAGUUCCAUUUUUAAGCUGGAAGGCAAACGGAUGGAAGAUGGCAAAAGCGAUUAAGAAAUUGUUUCCAGGGCAUUCCAGGUGGUCCUUUAUCUACUCCUGUUAGACGUAUCUUGGACUUGCGUUUUUCACGAUACCGUAGUAAAUCUCCGCCCGAUGGAUCCUGUGCCCUGGUCCUCCCGUUUGAAGGAGCGAUUUGGAGCCAAAGCGGCAAGGGCACAGGAGGGCAUAGACGAGAGAGGCUCUGGAAUAGACACCAAUGCUGUUUCCUCUUCUGCUGGGGACCGUUCUCAUUUGUCAGUGCGCUGGAACACAUGUGUCUCGGGUGAAGUGGAAACCCUGUUCUCCCACCCCAGCGUUUUCACAGCUCUAAGAGGCUUGGUUUCCGUUUGAAAUGGAAAGAAGAGCUCUGCAGGUAGGCCGCCAGGUGCCAAAAACCUUAAGAGCAGCCGCCGAUGCGGAGGCGACGGAACCAGGGCUUGAUGGCUAAGCCCCACGUAGAAGCCUGGCCAUCGGUUCUUCCAGCCUGAAGGAGCUAAUGAUGUUUGCAUUUUUCCUCUGCAGAGGGCUACGCCCUCAGAGCUUAAUGGAUCCAGGACUUGUUGGGGCCCAUCUCUGGGCCUUGGAACCUCUGGGCGUAGCCCUGGCGUCUGUUGAUUUAUUGGCAAGUGACGUGCAAAUUCCUCUCUGCAGCAGUCAUCACAAGGACCAGAUCCACACACAGUGCAAGGGUUAGACCCUCAACACUUGGCUCACAAAAAGCAAUUUCCACUCCUCAAAUCGACCCGAGAAACAAUACAUUUGGGUUGGGAUGAGCAGAGUGGAAGAGGUAUAGGGAAUUUGGCUCCUGGACUCUCAUCCAGUACAAAUUAAGCACAGUCUACCACCAUUGCAUUAAUUCUCCGUCUACACCACCGUUCUGCAUGGGCCCAUUUAGUAUCUGGGGUUCUCUUUUCAUCCAUGAAGAAACAGGGACACUGCAAAGUAGAAGGACUUCCCCAUCGCUGUAAGACUGAGUAAGAAUAAGAACAAACAAUCGACAGACCAAGGAUUAAAAGUCCCAGUCCUAAUGGCAGAGACUCCUUUUGGAGCAGUGAGUUUCACAUUUAUGAUGUGACAGGGUGACUUUCGGCCUGAGAGUUCUUCAAGGGCACUUUUAGGAAAAGGAUCCGUUUCCUUUGUUUUCCUCUUUUAACUGGGACACACGCUACUCUCUCUCUACCAGUGGACCAAAUGUGUGUACUCUUUCUCGGGGAAGACACCUGUCCGUUGAGUCAACCCAGCUCUAUUUAAAAAAAGAGCUGGUGUUACUAUUGUUCUAGAUGAACGACGCGUUUUCCGAAAGCCCCAAAACCUUCCCAAAGAGUGGCACUUCCUCAAACUUAUAAUAAUAAUGAUGACAUUUAUUAAGCGCUUACUACAUGCAAAGCACUGUUCUAAGCUCU